AAAAAUAUUUCCAUCAUGGCUCAUUCAAAGACGAGGACCAAUGAUGGAAAGAUUACUUAUCCUCCUGGGGUCAAGGAAAUCUCAGAUAAAAUAUCUAAAGAGGAAAUGGUGAGACGAUUAAAGAUGGUUGUGAAAACCUUCAUGGACAUGGACCAGGACUCUGAAGAAGAAAAAGAGCUUUAUCUAAAUUUAGCUUUACAUCUUGCUUCAGAUUUUUUCCUCAAGCAUCCUGAUAAGGAUGUUCGUUUACUAGUAGCCUGCUGCCUUGCUGAUAUUUUCAGAAUUUAUGCUCCGGAGGCUCCUUAUACAUCUCCCGAUAAACUAAAGGAUAUAUUUAUGUUUAUAACAAGGCAGUUGAAGGGGCUAGAAGAUACAAAGAGCCCGCAAUUCAAUAGGUAUUUUUAUCUACUUGAGAACAUUGCUUGGGUCAAGUCAUAUAACAUAUGCUUCGAGUUAGAAGAUAGCAAUGAAAUUUUUACCCAACUAUACAGAACAUUAUUUUCAGUUAUAAACAAUGGCCACAAUCAGAAAGUUCAUAUGCACAUGGUAGACCUCAUGAGCUCUAUUAUUUGUGAAGGUGAUACAGUAUCUCAGGAGCUUUUGGAUACAGUUUUAGUAAAUCUGGUACCUGCCCAUAAGAAUUUAAACAAGCAAGCAUAUGAUUUGGCAAAGGCUUUACUGAAGAGGACAGCUCAAGCUAUUGAGCCAUAUAUUACCAAUUUUUUUAAUCAGGUUCUGAUGCUUGGGAAAACAUCUAUCAGCGAUUUGUCAGAGCAUGUUUUUGACUUAAUUUUGGAACUCUACAAUAUUGAUAGUCAUUUGCUGCUCUCCGUUUUACCCCAGCUUGAGUUUAAAUUAAAGAGCAAUGAUAAUGAGGAACGACUCCAAGUUGUUAAACUGCUGGCAAAAAUGUUUGGGGCAAAGGAUUCAGAAUUGGCUUCUCAAAACAAACCACUUUGGCAGUGCUACUUGGGAAGAUUUAAUGACAUUCAUGUACCAAUCCGCCUGGAAUGUGUGAAAUUUGCUAGCCAUUGUCUCAUGAACCAUCCUGACUUAGCAAAGGAUUUAACAGAGUAUCUUAAAGUGAGGUCACAUGACCCCGAGGAAGCUAUUAGACAUGAUGUGAUUGUGUCCAUAGUUACAGCUGCUAAAAAGGAUAUUCUUCUCGUCAAUGAUCAUUUACUGAAUUUUGUGAGAGAACGAACGUUAGACAAACGGUGGAGAGUGCGUAAAGAGGCCAUGAUGGGACUUGCCCAAAUAUAUAAGAAGUAUGCUUUACAAUCAGCAGCUGGAAAAGAUGCUGCAAAACAGAUAUCAUGGAUCAAGGACAAAUUGCUACACAUAUAUUAUCAAAAUAGUAUUGAUGAUCGAUUACUUGUUGAACGGAUCUUUGCUCAAUACAUGGUUCCCCACAAUUUGGAAACUACAGAACGGAUGAAGUGCUUAUAUUACUUGUAUGCCACAUUGGAUUUAAAUGCUGUGAAAGCAUUGAAUGAAAUGUGGAAAUGUCAAAAUCUGCUUCGGCAUCAAGUAAAGGAUUUGCUUGAUUUAAUUAAGCAACCCAAAACAGAUGCCAGUGUCAAGGCCAUAUUUUCAAAAGUGAUGGUUAUUACAAGAAACUUGCCAGAUCCUGGUAAGGCUCAAGAUUUCAUGAAGAAGUUCACACAGGUGCUAGAAGAUGAUGAGAAAAUAAGGAAACAGCUAGAAGUACUUGUUAGUCCAACAUGUUCCUGCAAGCAGGCUGAAGGUUGUGUGCGUGAAAUAACUAAGAAGUUGGGCAACCCUAAACAGCCUACAAAUCCUUUUCUGGAAAUGAUCAAGUUUCUCUUGGAGAGGAUAGCACCUGUGCACAUAGACACUGAAUCUAUCAGUGCUCUUAUUAAGCAAGUGAAUAAAUCAAUAGAUGGAACAGCAGAUGAUGAAGAUGAGGGUGUUCCAACUGACCAAGCUAUUAGGGCAGGUCUGGAACUGCUUAAGGUACUCUCAUUUACACAUCCUAUCUCAUUUCAUUCUGCUGAAACGUUUGAAUCACUUCUGGCUUGUCUGAAAAUGGAUGAUGAAAAAGUAGCAGAAGCUGCCCUACAGAUUUUCAAGAACACAGGCAGCAAAAUUGAAGAAGAUUUCCCACACAUCAGAUCGGCUUUGCUUCCUGUUUUACAUCACAAAUCUAAAAAAGGACCUCCUCGCCAAGCCAAAUAUGCUAUUCAUUGUAUCCAUGCAAUAUUUUCAAGUAAAGAGACACAGUUUGCACAGAUAUUUGAGCCUCUACAUAAGAGCCUAGAUCCAAGCAACCUGGAACACCUUAUAACACCAUUGGUUACUAUUGGUCAUAUUGCCCUUCUUGCACCUGAUCAGUUUGCUGCUCCUUUGAAGUCUUUGGUGGCUACAUUCAUUGUGAAAGAUCUUCUCAUGAAUGAUCGGCUUCCAGGAAAAAAGACAACUAAACUUUGGGUUCCAGAUGAAGAGGUUUCUCCUGAAACAAUGGUCAAAAUUCAAGCUAUUAAAAUGAUGGUUCGAUGGCUACUUGGAAUGAAAAAUAAUCACAGUAAAUCUGGAACCUCUACCUUAAGAUUGCUAACAACAAUACUGCAUAGUGAUGGAGACUUGACAGAACAGGGGAAAAUUAGUAAACCAGAUAUGUCACGCCUAAGACUCGCUGCUGGGAGUGCUAUUGUGAAACUAGCUCAAGAACCCUGUUACCAUGAAAUCAUCACAUUGGAGCAAUAUCAGCUGUGUGCAUUAGCUAUCAAUGAUGAAUGUUACCAAGUAAGACAGGUGUUUGCUCAGAAACUUCACAAAGGCCUUUCCCGAUUACGGCUUCCACUUGAGUAUAUGGCAAUCUGUGCACUUUGUGCAAAAGAUCCUGUAAAAGAGAGACGGGCCCAUGCUAGACAGUGCCUGGUAAAAAACAUUAAUGUAAGACGUGAAUAUCUAAAACAACAUGCGGCUGUCAGUGAAAAAUUAUUGUCUCUCCUACCAGAGUAUGUUGUUCCAUACACAAUUCACCUUUUGGCACAUGACCCCGAUUAUGUCAAAGUACAGGAUAUUGAACAACUUAAAGAUGUGAAAGAGUGUCUUUGGUUUGUUCUGGAAAUAUUAAUGGCCAAAAAUGAAAAUAACAGUCAUGCAUUCAUUAGAAAGAUGGUCGAAAAUAUUAAACAAACAAAAGAUGCCCAAGGACCAGAUGAUGCAAAAAUGAAUGAAAAACUGUAUACCGUGUGUGAUGUUGCCAUGAAUAUCAUCAUGUCAAAGAGCACCACAUAUAGUUUGGAAUCUCCUAAAGACCCAGUACUACCAGCUCGAUUUUUCACCCAACCUGACAAGAAUUUCAGUAACACCAAAAAUUAUCUGCCUCCAGAAAUGAAGUCAUUUUUCACUCCUGGAAAACCAAAAACAACCAAUGUCCUAGGAGCUGUUAAUAAGCCACUUUCAUCAGCAGGCAAGCAAUCACAGACCAAAUCAUCACGAAUGGAAACUGUAAGCAAUGCAAGCAGCAGCUCAAACCCAAGCUCUCCUGGAAGAAUAAAAGGGAGGCUUGAUAGUUCUGAAAUGGAUCACAGUGAAAAUGAAGAUUAUACAAUGUCUUCACCUUUGCCAGGAAAAAAAAGUGACAAGAGAGACGACUCUGAUCUUGUAAGGUCAGAAUUGGAGAAGCCUAGAAGCCGGAAAAAAACUCCUGUCACAGACCCAGAAGAGAAAUUAGGAAUGGAUGACCUGUCUAAGUUGGUACAGGAGCAGAAACCUAAAGGCAGUCAGCGAGGGCGGAAAAGAGGACAUACAGUUUCAGAAUCAGAUGAGCAGCAGUGGUCUGAGGAAAAGAGGCUCAAAGAAGAUCUGUUAGAAAAUGAGGAUGAACAGAACAGUCCACCAAAAAAGGGCAAAAGAGGUCGGCCACCAAAACCUCUUGGUGGAGGGACACCAAAAGAAGAGCCAACAAUGAAAACAUCUAAAAAAGGGAAUAAAAAAAAAUCUGGGCCACCUGCAGUAGAGGAAGAAGAAGAAGAAGAGAGACAGAGUGGAAAUACAGAACAGAAGUCAAAAAGCAAACAGCACCGCACAUCAAGGAAAGCACAGCAGAGCAGAGCAGAAUCUCCUGAAACUAGUGCAGUUGAAUCCACACAGUCCACACCACAGAAAGGACGAGGAAGACCAUCAAAAACGCCAUCACCAUCACAACCAAAAAAAAAUGUCCGUGUAGGACGCUCCAAACAAGUAGCUACUAAAGAGAAUGAUUCAAGUGAAGAAGCAGAUGUGUUUCAGGGCAGCUCUCCUGUCCAUGAUGAUGUUACACAAGAAGAAACAGAGGAAGAGGAAGUUUCUGUAAUAAAUGUACGACGGAGGAGUUCUAAAAGGGAAAGGCGAUGAAACAGAUGUAAUUAACUUUCUUUGUGAAAGCUUUGGGGAAAUUCUUUUUUUUUUCUCUCCAAGCGUGAGGUUGGAUAAAACCCUUGAUACCUAAAGUGGAACUGUGGAUAGGACAGUGAGCCUUUCUCAGGACCUCACAUGGAUGGUCACGUGCUAGCAAUGCACACAGCAGUAACGAUGGCCGAAGUUUUGUGAUGUUUGAUGGCUGUGUAGACAUAAACUACGAAGAAAUUUGUAAAUAAACUUUUUUUUUUU